CCCACCAAUGCGACGCCUCCGUUGCUUAGGGAAUUUCUGAACAUCAACAAACGAAUUUUCUAUUCAUGCGCCAGGCCAUACACAAUGGUCAACUACGAUAGUGAUUCUUCAGGAGAGGGGGAGGAUUACACCGAGACUGAUGUUCUUCUUGGAUAUACCUCCAAGGAAGCAGGAGCAGAAACAGUUAGCCGUCUCGGUGGCCGUCCUGAUUGGAUAAUAGCAGACAAGCCGCCAUCAGCAGCGUUGGCAAAAUGCAAAGUCUGCAAGGACCUUAUGGUCCUCCUACUGCAGCUUAACGGAGAACUCCCAGACCGUUUCCCAGGCCAUGAGAGGCGACUCUAUGUAUUCGCUUGCAGGAAAAAGUCAUGCCGGCGACAGGAGGGCUCAGUUCGUGCCCUUAGAGGUCUAAAGGCAUCUGCACUAUCGAAUGUUCCUGCGGCGGCGGCAAAGGCCCCGGUGGAAAAGCCCCCGGCAGCCAAACCCGCGCAGCCCAGCACAGGACUAGGCGAGUCCUUAUUCGGUGUCAAACCAUCUACUGGCGCCAGUUCCGGUGCCGCAAACCCCUUUGCAAACCCAUUCUCAACAAAACCACAGCCAGCCGCAGGAGCAAACCCCUUCAGCACCGCCAGCAGUAAAGUCGAAGCACCACCUGCCCCCGAGGCAGCACCCGCAAAGCUAGAAGCCGAGACCAAGACUCUCCCGGCAACCUUUGCAGAGAAAUUGAACAUCAACAACACACAACCCCCCGCCGGACCACCACCCCCGCCGGAACCGUGGCCCGCGGAGGAUGCGCAGCCCAAGGCCUACCCGGUCUCGUGGAUCUCGGAUGCUGAGUACGAAACUCUCGAGCCGACGCCGAUGCCGCGCGUGCCCACCGUCUCAAUGGAUAUUGACGAUACUGCCGGCGGCUCCGGAGGCAAGGAGGACAAGGUUGUCUUUGAGAGCAGUAUGGAUGCUCAGUUCCAAAAGUUUGCGGACCGCGUGGGUGAGAACCCGGAGCAGGUCAUCCGCUACGAGUACAGCGGCAGCCCGUUGCUGUACAGCAAGGAUGACAAGGUUGGAAAGGCGCUGGAGGCUGGCAAGAUACCGUCUUGUGCCAACUGUGGUGCCAGCAGGGUGUUUGAGGUACAGCUUGCGCCGCAUGCCAUCACGGAGCUGGAGCGGGAGGAGGACGGAUUGGAUGGUAUGGAUUGGGGUACUGUGAUCGUCGCCGUUUGCUCCAAAGAUUGCCAGGAAAGAGGCGUAGGCGAGGCUGAGGUUGGUUACGUGGAGGAAUGGGCUGGGGUGCAGUGGGAGGAGCUCACAAUGAAGAGGUAGUCCAGUAUGGUUGCGAUCACACACAUGAAAAAUAUCAUAAACAUGGCAAUGGCUUCGGAGCCGGUGGCUUUUAGGUAACAAUGGAUCUGCCAUAUAUACCCAGCAAAUUCGUCCACAACAAAACUUGUUGUUCAUGCAGGCAUGGCUUCAAUAGCUCAUAGCCCCUGUAACAUUCCACGGCAUCGACUAGCACCAAGAUCGCAUAAACUCCGCCUCAACCUGAACGCAUGGCUUUUGUC